CCAUACAAGCUCAGUCUCCCAUGUCGCAGAGAUCUUUGCGUUACGCCCCAAUGGCUACUGUGGUCUUCUUUAAAUGGUCCAUUCGGCCUUCACAAUCUUAACAAAGUUAUUGCCAAAUAUUUCAGUACUGAUCAGUUUCAUUUUCCUCAUUGUAGGUGCGGAAUGGCCACAUCAAAAGAAUCACUGAUAACGACAUCCAGUCCCUGGUGCUAGAGAUUGAAGGAACAAAUGUCAGCACCACAUAUAUCACGUGUCCUGCAGACCCAAAGAAGACGUUGGGGAUUAAGCUUCCCUUCCUCGUCAUGAUUAUCAAAAAUCUGAAGAAAUAUUUUACCUUUGAAGUACAGGUACUAGAUGACAAGAAUGUGCGUCGGCGGUUUCGGGCGAGUAACUACCAGAGCACCACCCGAGUCAAACCCUUCAUCUGUACCAUGCCCAUGAGGCUGGAUGAUGGCUGGAACCAGAUUCAGUUCAAUCUGUCAGACUUCACUAGGCGGGCAUAUGGCACAAAUUACAUCGAGACCCUAAGAGUGCAGAUCCAUGCAAACUGUCGCAUCCGACGGGUUUACUUCUCAGACAGACUCUACUCAGAAGAUGAACUGCCAGCAGAGUUCAAACUGUAUCUCCCAGUUCAGAACAAAGCAAAGCAAUAACUGGAAUGCAACUCAAGGGAUAGCCGCCGGACAUGGCUCUUAGUUUAAAAAGGAAACUAUCUGGAGGACAACGCAAAAAACAAAUAUUUCUAUUAGUUUACUGUGCUGUGGUUCUUUUAUCUAUUACUCGGUGUCCCCUGUUGUGGACACCAGUGACCAUGCCAUAAUGCCAUAAUUGCAUUGUAAGUGCAGUGGGAAUAAGCUGUCCUUUGGAACAUGAAUGCUGGAAUUUAUCCUGCUGCCUGCCUCAGUGUGUGGGGAGAUACACUUAACCACGAACUUAACAGAUUUAAAGAUGUCCCAUAUGGCAACCUCAGACCAAUAUUUCUUCCUACGGUUUGUGCAUUGUUUUAUAUAUUAUCUAAAUAUAUGUAUAUGCUGUGUAAUACUCAUAAUCCGGAAAUGAAUAAAAUACUAUAUUCUUGGUUUGUAAA